AUGUCGAACUUAUCAAAGCUUGAGUUCGUGGCACUUGACAUUUCUGGAAAUAAUUACUUGUCAUGGGUACUCGACGCUGAAAUUCACCUUGACGCUAAAGGUCUUGGUGCCACUAUUACCAACGGUAAUACAACGUCGAGUCAGGACAAAGCAAAGGCAAUGAUUUUCCUUCGUCAUCAUCUGGAUGAAGGAUUGAAGGUUGAAUACCUUACGGUGAAAGAUCCACUUGAAUUAUGGACUGGUUUGAAGGAAAGGUAUGACCACCUUAAGGCAACGGUAUUGCCAAGGGCUCGUUAUGAAUGGAUUCACUUGCGGUUACAAGAUUUUAAAACUAUAUGUGAAUAUAAUUCUGAUGUAUACAAAAUUACUUCCCAAUUAAAAUUAUGUGGGGAAGAUAUAAAAGAUGAGGACAUGUUGGAAAAGACUCUCACAAAUUUUCAUGCCUCAAAUUUGGUAUUACAACAGCAAUACCGUGAAAGGGGAUUCAAAAAGUAUUCUGAGUUGAUCUCAUGCCUUCUUGUGGCUGAGCAACAUAAUACUCUUUUAUUGAAAAAUCAUGAGGCCCGUCCCACGGGAACUGCUCCGUUACCGGAAGCAAAUGAGGUUGAAGCACAUGGCCAGUCUGAAAGAAGAUAA